AUGACUCUCUUGCGAAGCUGGCUUGCCCAAAAUAUUGAACAAUCUUUGAAAGAAGCACUGAUUUGGCUGAAAUCAACACGUGUUGCACAUGAAAAGGCCAGCAAGUCUCACGAACAAUUCUCUUACGAGCAGGAAAGACUCUUCAUCAAGCUCGAAAAGCCCGGAUUGAUUCAUUUGAUUAGUAACGGCGAGGCGCGGGAUUCAAUGCAGUCUAUGAUUGUAUCUGAUGGUACCACCAAGAUCACAGCAAUAUUUCAAGAAGAUUUUCUGAAUCGCUAUUGGAGAAGCACAAAAGGGACACUGGGGAUAGAGCCACCAACCAGGUUAUACCUGAAGAUCUCAAGUUUUAAGCCCAAAGGGCCGCAAGAUGUUUCUGGCUCAGCACGUGCUGUAGACAUUGGGGGAAUUGUUGAUGACAAUUUGGAUGCAAUAAAAGAGUUCCUGGAUGCUGAGAAUCGUGGGUACGCUGUUCACCAAAAUUUCGAACUCGAAUCCCAAAAUACUUCAACACCUUUCCAGUCUGUUUUGCUUGCGACACAAGAUCCCGCUAGUAUUUCAGAAUCCAGAAGGGAAAAGAGUACUGUUUCUGAUUUGCAUCGACCAAAGCUGUGCACUUCGAAUCAUGAUGUCCUAGCAAUUCUUCAGAAUCCUACGGCCGUUCAAAUUACAGCUGAUAAUCCUCAUCUCAGUAAGCCAGGACAACCACUUGACUCGGCUGAUAUUACGGGUUUAGCACAACCACUUUCCCCCAAAUCAAGUUUUGUUGCCACCAAUUCGGAAAGAGGUGAUGAAACGAGACACAUGAACGAUUUACAGGUUCAACAGUCUCCCAGGCCUUCCGUAGAUGAACAAAGAACUGGUAAUAUCAGGACGCUAGGAGAUGGGAGGCCUAAUGCGAACAAUUCGACGCUAGAGGCUAUGGAAUCUUCCAGCGGGAAAUUUCAUGAUAAUCCUCCAAUCAAUGAAACAUUGCUAUUUCAGAAAAAUCUGUCGUAUAUUCCACACCCUUAUGGUCGUAUUUCAAAAGAACAGAACGAUUGGUGCAAUCGUCCGGAAUCGGUUGCCUCAUUACCGGAUGAUCGUAGAUCCGCACCAAAUCUACCCCCAGCAAUCCUGAAAUCUCAACUAGCUUUUUACGAGAAAUUGCUCGCUACACAAGCUUCAGCCACUCCCAAGAAUGUAGUACAGAGCAGUCAGGCCUCCAAAGCAGACUCGAGCCAGGACGCUAUUGAGACGGAAAGGGACGAUUGUAUGGAUGGUCCCGCUGCCAUUUGCCGCUCAAAAGGAACCGAAGAAUCUGAAUAUGCUCAUGAAGAUCCGCAGUCUAUAACUGUGUUUGGUAGUGGUGAGGGUCAUCAGUCGGAUAGCGACUCAAGUGAUAUGACGGAAGUUAGUUGCCCUAGUCCGGAGCGAAACUCAAGAUCUAGACACGCGAUGGAGGAAAAUUACACCUCCCAUCAAAGUUUAAAUCGAAAUCGUACACACUCACCAAAAGAACACAGCGACGAUGAGGAUCACCAUUCAGAUAGCAAGUUGAGUGAUGCGAUGGAAGUUAGUUGCCCUAGUUCAAACCGCAACUCAAAGCUUAGACAAGCGGUUGGGCAAAACGAUAACGUCGAGCAAAUUGCAGGUCGAGCGAAUUCUUUAACUAUUGAGAGUGAUGAUGGAACGCAUAAUUCCGAUAGUUCUGAUGUGCCAGUCUCAGAGGCUUGCCAAGAGGCCACCCCGCAAUCUUCUCCCAAUGUCACAGAAAACAAGGCGAGUUGUGUUAUCAAGGACAAAGAACCUACAGCAUUGAUCCAAUACCCAGCUAAUAGUGCUUCGGAUGACGAGGAGUUGGAAUUGGAUAUUCCGCAUGUCCUGGGCGACGAAAUUCAGAGCGAAAACCCACCUGCUUCUGCUGACGUAGACAACGGAAUCCAGAGUCGCAAAUCACCUGAAAAUGAUCACCCGCAAUUUCCACAGCGUCAGCUCGAAACCGCGCAGCGUGAGUCAGAAGUACAGGUCGAAAAGACUCCAAAUCACCGAAAACGGCCGAAUGCAGAACUGUCAUCAGACUUUGUGAUUCCUGGAACUUAUGAUAGCCCACAAAACGAAACGGUCGAAGACAGCUUCCUUAUCCCUGAAUCCGGGCGAUUUCAAUCACUCAAAUUAGUGAAAGUACCUCCUCAGAUGAUCGACGUAAUCGGUGAGACUCCCCAAGACAAAAAAGAGCCAAAGAACUCUAAGGUUCAACACUCUCGUGAGCAGCAGAUAUCAUCAAAUUCCAAUGAUCAUAUAGUUUAUCCGAGUGUACCAAGGACUCAGUAUUACCAAUCUAUACCAAUUCCUAAUCUUGAUGGGGCUACUUCUGAUGGUUUGCACUUUCCCAGUAGGAGCCCGUCCAUAAGCUUUUUACCAUUAAGUCAAAGUUCUCCAGAGCAAGGACACGGUGGGGAACGUCCUUUCAAACGGCAGAAAAUUACGGAUCCUAUAGCUCUACAGCAGGUUCUAGGUUUUAGUCGAGAGGAAACGCCUUGUAAAGACAGAAACGAAAUGGUAAGAGCAAACAGGCGUAAGAUACGAGAAGUUCUACAAAGGCGAUCAUCAGUAGUAGAUCCGGGUUUAAUGAGCAAUAAUACCGGAGGAACAAAAGAUGUAGCAUUUCCAGAAGAUUCCCAAACAAGUCGCCAUGGAUUUGAGACAGAUUUACAUGAUACAGUAAUCUCUGAUCAGACCUCCACAUCUUACAAAAACUUCCCCCCAGGUCAAUCAUCUCCCACUUUCGACGGUCGCGACAUGACCAGAGCUUCGAUUGUACCCGAAAGAACUCGGCUGAGCUCGGGGCAUGCUCACCAGUCGAAACAGCGGCCCACUUCGCUUUUUGAGAAGUAUUCUAAUACUUACCCACGCUAUAAGGGCAAUAAGAGACAGUUCAUAUGUGCACUUGUAUAUUUGGAAUGGCUUGGGACCCCCACCAGACAACCUCGGACAUCACUUUGGGAUGAUUUUGUUUGGUUCUAUACUCUGUACAUGGACCAUGUCCUCAACAGUAGAAACAGGUUGAGUGGAGUUAGAUUCUACAAUGAAUUGGGCAUUUCUGAUCCUUAUUUUACUCACUUCGACAAAACAACAGGACCAAUAAUCACCACAGAAAGCCUUAAUGCUGCAUUAUCGCCAGAAUCUCCAGAUUAUGGUGUUAUUGAAGACUUGCGUGAAAAAUACAGAAGCACUGCCUCGCAACCGUUAGUUAGUCCCGGGAGCAUCAGAGCAAAUUCUUUGAGGCAACAAUCGAGUGAGUUCAUUACUUUUGCAAAUACCGAUACCCCUUUACCAUCAGGAGCCUCCACUCAUCUUGAAAAACUUGCCUCACGAAAAUCCUCGAGAAGUUCGGAUCGAUCGCCAUCAUCAAAACAUACAGAACUCAUGCCAAUGAGACAAAAGAAGAAGCGGACUCGUUCAGAAACAACAAUUUUGAGGAACGGAACCCCAGAAGACUUUUUAGUGUCAUCUAAAGCGUCAGCAUUACAAUCAACUUCAUCUAAAAUGCCAGAGACAAAUGCGUCGCCAUCAAGGGCUUCAAAAGAGCCUAGAAAAGCCCCAGGAAGGUUUUUUGAAACCCAAAGUCAAUUGCUAUUCUCAUCAGAUAUUGAAUCGUUGCCUCAUAAUAGUUCCUCGCCUCCCCGAAAUCUGGCAUCACCACGGAGUUUGCGGAAGACUCCGGAUGGUCCACCAUCAGUACGAACAAGCGCUUGUGAGUUGGCAAGCCCAGUUCAGCGAGAGGCUCCACGUAUUGUGUGUGAAAUGGGCUUCUCGAGAGAGCGCAGACCGCAACAACGUAUAUCAAAAUCCUCACGUGAAAGAUCAAUAUCUCCACCGCCGCCACGGGAGAUCGGGAGAUACACGCCAGCCUCUGAUAAACCAGAAAAUGUUGAUGCCGGCCUUGAAAAUCAAGAACAGCAGACCAGCCUUGAAAAAUCAACCAAGUUCUCAUCGACCGCAUCGAACUUCAGUGGUAAAUGGGAAUUUGGCAAGUAUCUCGCCCAAAGACGGAGGGAGAGCGGUGUUCGUCGUUCAAGAUUGACACCAAGGACUAGUUUCGGCAUGAAGCCAAGAUCUAGUAGUGACAAUAAAGGCUAG